AUGGGGGGCAGUAUUGGAAUCCCUCUUCGAGGAGGUGGAGGUGAAGGUGGACUGUUCCUAGGUGGUGGUGGAGGCGGACGGAGUAGUGGUUGGCAGAAGGAAGGUGGUCGGCAGAGGAAGUCUGGUACAAAUGGUAGAGUAAUACCACAGAACUUACAAGCAUUGGCGCCCAUGGACAGCAUGGAGAAGAAAAAAAAAAACUACAAUAGGGCGUUGUCGAUAGAAUGCGAAUUUUGGAGGCAAAAGGCAGGGAUUCGAUGGAUCAAGGAAGGGGAUGCGAACACCGCUUUCUUCCAUGCCCUUGUCAGACAACGGCGUAACUCCAACUUUAUCUCACCCAUAAAGCGGGAUGAUGGGGGAUGGUUCGAAACUGAACACGAGAUCAAAGCGUCAGCGGUUAAGUUCUACUCGGACCUCUUCUCGUCCAAUAGACAGAGGGUCCCUGUACCAGAUCUCCCUUUUGAGGUGCCGAAGAUAGCGCGGUCGGAGAAUGAGAUGAUGAAGGGCAUACCCUCCGAAGAAGAGGUUUGGACCGUGGUGUUCGGCUUGGAUAUUGAUAGUGCACCGGGCCCGGAUGGCUUUGGGGCAGGCUUCUACCAAAGUUGUUGGGGCAUCAUCAAAGACGAUCUCGUGCUUGCAGUCCAGGACUUUUUCAAGGGAAUGCAACAGCCACGAGGUUGGACGAGAUCACUCCUGAUUCUCGUCCCAAAGACUGAGGGAGCAUCACACUGGAGGGAAUUCCGGCCCAUCAGUCUGUGCAAUGUGAGCUCGAAGAUCAUCUCUAAGAUACUCACUAACAGGAUCAAUCGGUUGCUGCCCAACCUGAUCUCGCCUUGGCAAGCGGGCUUCGUUCCAGGAAGGGGGAUCGUAGACAAUAUUUUGCUUGCACAGGAAAUGAUGGGAGAGCUUGAUAGGAGACUGGCAGACCCAAACGUGAUCCUUAAGCUCGAUAUGGAGAAGGCCUAUGAUCGGGUAGACUGGUCCUUUCUGUUAUUCAUGCUCCGUCAGUUUGGAUUUGAGGAAGGUGUGGUUGACCUUCUAUUUCGGACGUUCUCCAAUUCAUGGUUUUCGGUAUUGGUGAAUGGGGAGCGGUCUGGUCUCUUCAAGUCCUCUCAAGGGGUUCGGCAGGGGGAUCCAUUAUCUCCUGCGUUUUUCUUGUUUGUAGCCGAAUUUCUGGGUAGAGGUAUCCAGCAGUUGUUUGAAGCUAAAAAGAGCCGCUACUUUGCGACUGCGGGGCCGAAUGUUCCGUAUCUAGCCUUUGCGGAUGACACAAUCAUUUUCACUCGCUGCUCCCACGACGCAUUGACAGCAGUCCAGGAUUUAUUACGCUUAUAUCAAGCAUAUUCGGGGCAGGUGGUAAAUAUAAGUAAGAGUUCCUUCGCAUCAUCCUCGAGGCUGUUAGAGUCACGACGGGGGAUUGUAAGGGCAAUUCUUGGCUUUAAGGAACAGCAACCCCCCUUGAUCUACCUGGGGAUCCCCUUGGGACGAGGCAGGGUUACGAGUGCGAUCUUUGAUGGACUAUUAUCUAGGAUGUGGCAGAGGUUAUUUCACUGGAGUUCAAAGAUGCUGUCAAUGGGGGGCAAAAUCAUCCUCAUCCAUCAUGUAUUGGGUUCUAUACCAUUAUAUUGGCUUCAGGCUCUGCAACCCCCAGGGGCAGUGCUAGUAGUGAUGGGUCGGCUCUGCAACGCCUUCUUAUGGGACAACCCAGACUCUCGACGAAUUCACUGGGCGGCAUGGGAGAAGGUGUGCUACCCGGUCGAGGAAGGGGGGUUAGGAUUUUGUUCGUUUGAGUCGCUGGGGCAGGCGUUUGCAUGCAAGCUGUGGUGGAAAUUAAGAGCAAAUGAGUCGUCGUGGUCAAAUUUUAUGCAUUGCAAGUAUGUGAAAGGAGUGCAUCCGGGCUUGGUUUCAAUUCAGCGACCUUCGCCCGUGUGGCGGCGACUGCUGCAGGUGCGGAAGGUUGCUGAAGAGAACAUCCGAUGGUGCCUUGGUGAGGGUUUGGUAGAUUUUUGGCAGGACAGAUGGUGCACGGAUGUUUCCCUCGCCCAGUUGGUCUCGGGCCAUAGUCACUCGCAUCUUCUGGUAGGGGAACUCUUCAUGGACACAGGAUGGGAUGCUCAGCGCCUGCGGCAGUUGCUGCCGGGAGCCAUGGUAGAGAAGGUCCUGGCCCUACGCGUGUUCCCGGGUAUGCGGGACAGGAUGAUCUGGGCGGCGUCCCAGUCGGGGGAAUUCUCCAUCACCUCAGCGUGGGAGCAGCUUCGGGGGAAAAGAAACAUUUCCAUGGUGGACUCCCUUCGGGGACGUCCUUUGGCGUCUAGGUGCUCAUGCUGUGGGAGUACGACGGAAACCAUUGACCAUCUCUUGGUAACCGGGCCAGUGGCUGCGACAGUGUGGAGGUGUUUUGCAGAUCGCUUCGGAAUUGUGACACAGGGGCGGGGGGUGCAGGCUAGACUCGCCAGCUGGUUCUUCUCCCGCUCCUAUGUUAGUGCAUUUAUCCAGCUACUGGGAAGGGGAGGCCGGUUACGCCGGAAGGACUUCCAGGGAGAUGCGGAUUGCGAGUGGGCGACAUUUGGUAGAGGCAAUCGAUGGCAGGAUAUGCCCCGCACAGUUACUUGGGCAAUGCCACCCAGGUACUCAGUGAAACUGAAUACCGAUGCUAGCGUCACCGAAGGGCUGGCCGCCGGGGGAGGACUGGUGCGUACCUCAGAUGGCGACCUGGUUUUUGCAUUUUACAAGGAGUUCGGGGAGUGCGAUGUGCUCAUGGCAGAGGCAUUGGCGUUAUUGGAAGGUUUGCGGUUAUGUCAUGAUCGGCACAUCAUGAACUUUGUGGCUGAGGUGGAUUCGAGUGUUUUGGUGAGCCUGGUCUCUUCUUGCGGUCCUGCCCGAUGGCCCUUGGUCAACACUUUACGUCAUAUUCAAUGGCUUUCAGGGCAAAUGGGGGUCUCGGUGGCACUCAUCUAUCAAGAAGCAAAUACGGUAGCGGAUGCCCUUGCGUGCUUGCGGCCACAACAGGAUGGCGUUUUCAUAGUCAGGGCUGAGCUUCCUCGGAAGGCCCGGUCCGCUCUCCAAUUGGACAGGCUCUCGGUUCCCUCGAUUCGGCUUGGCAGAGCCCGUCAUUAG